AUGUUAUUUUGUUUGCUGCCUAAUGCUACUCACAUACUCCAACCCUGUGACGUCGCGGUGUUCAAAGCUUUGAAAGUAGCCUGGAAAGAUGUUGUUAUGAGGCAAAAACAGGAUUCGCAAAAGUCUAUCACAAAAACCAACUUUGCACCUCUAUUUAAAAAUGCUUUUGAUAAAGCCAUCAAACCUGAAACAAUAAUGGCUGGAUUUCGAGUAACCGGUUUAUUUCCUUUUGACCCAAAUGAGAGGAAACUGAUCAAUUUGAAUCACUAA